AUGAUGCUUAACCUCAAGUUCUCUACACUCCUCACCACACUAUUGCUUUCGACCCAAGUCGCUCUUUCAUUGCCGCAGUUCCAACUUAAUGGCGAGAGGAACUCUAAUUAUCAUACACACCAUGUUGCCCGCGGGAAACGGGUGGAGGCGUACACUCCCAGCAGUCAGUUCAAGACUUUUGGCACCGACGGCGCCUCCCUCCCUCAAUUUGACUCGGGGGUGUCAGCGUUUGCAGCUCCUGAGUGGAAGGACACCGUCCUUCUGUUCGCUUCGGACUACAUGAAGGUCAACGCUUCGGAGAUCCAAUGGAAGUCGGGGUAUACGCAGGGUGAUAAGGGGUAUGCGUGGGUUGCGCAGAUGCAUGGCGCUUGGUGGCAGAAUGGAAUCCCCGUCUCGAAUGCGGUGGCGAACUUUGCUUUCAAUGAAGGGAAGAUCACCUCGUUUGGGUCAUCGUUCGUGGAUUUCACAAGCACCCAGGUUCCUGACCCCAACCCGACGGUCGCUUGGAAGGACAUCCUCCCUGGUAUCGAAGAAACUCUAGAUGCCAAGUACAAUAAUUCCAAUGUCACUCUGGAGUACUUCGUCAGGCCCGACAAGACAGUCGUCCUCGCUCACGUUCUUCAGCUCCAAAAUGAAGACACUGGAGCUUGGUACGAAGUAUUCGUCGACGCCCAUUCGGGAGAUCUGGUCAGCAUGAAUGAUUUCGUCGCUCAUGAUACGUACCGAGCUGUGCCCAUCACCAAGUCAGCAUUCGACGGAUCAACGGAGAUCUUUGUCGAUCCCCAAACCGACGCUUCUCCCCUCGGAUGGCACUCCUGGUCGGAUGUCGACUUUUCUGAUUCCACAACGGGAAACAACGUCGUUGCAGGAUCCACCGCCUUCGGGGUUGUGAAUGGCCAGGGCCGGCCCCUCAAAUUCCUCACAGCCUACAACCCCGACCUGCCAAUCAGCGACCCCGCAAACGUCGAAGCGGCAACCGUCAACGCCUUCCACGCGUUCAACGUCCUGCACGACGUGACCUACAGGUACGGGUUCACCGAGGAGGCGAGGAACUUCCAGGAGAGCAACUUUGGCAAGGGCGGGGAGGGCGGGGAUCCGGUUGUUGUCGUCGUCCAUGCGCGCGAUGAGCUUCGGGGUGGAGGGUCGAUACGGGUUCUGCCGGAUGGCCAGUCGCCGGUGUGUGAGCUGACGGGGCCGGCGGCGAUGAAUAAUGAUGUGAUCAUCCAUGAGUUUGCGCAUGGUGUUACGAAUCGGUUGGUUGGUGGUGGGAGUGUAAGGUGUUUGCACUGGUUCUCUCAGACGACCUCCGAGACUCGCGACUUCGUCAUUGGCGCCGGUGUUGCUGGACCUGGGGGUGUCCGAUCCGGGAUACCCUACACUACCGACCAGAAGCGCAAUGUCAUGAGCUAUAGGAUGUUGAAUGGUCUUAGCUCCGUUCACAAUAUUGGCCUUGUCUGGGGAAGCAUGUUACACGACGUCUAUGCUACCCUAGUUGAGGAGUUCAACUACUCACUGGAUAGCUUGACCAACCCUGAUGGACCAGGUGGAAACACCGUCUUCAUGCGCCUCUUCAUUGAUUCCCUUCAACUCCUACCGUGUAACCCUACCUUCAUCCAAGCCCGCGACGCCUGGAUUCAAGCUGACAACAACCGUUACAAUAGUAAACAUUCCUGCACAUUGUGGAGAGGAUUUGCGGCCAGGGGACUGGGACUGUUUGUGAACGAUGCUCAGGGAAUCUAUAAGGCAUCUUAUGAGGUUCCUCCUCCGUGUAGACAUCACUAUCUGUUUUUCAACAUCGAACGACGAGUGAGCGCUUAA